GCAGGAGGCGUGUUUUCGUGCUGUCAUACGGAGAAUGGCACCGGGAGUGUUUAAAUGCGUCGAGUGUAACGAAGACGCGAACGAACUGCAUCGAGACUACAGCAAUGGCAUACUUAAGAUCACCAUAUGUAGUUCCUGCAAGAAGCCAGUGGACAAAUACAUUGAAUAUGAUCCAGUAAUUAUUCUGAUAGAUGCCACUCUGUGCAAAAUCCAGGCGUUUAGGCAUAUCCUCUUCAACACUGAGAUUAAUAUCCACUGGAAGCUGUGCGUAUUCUGUCUGCUGUGUGAAGCAUAUCUGCGCUGGUCUCUCCUGCAGGGCUCUCAGUCCAGCAAUGACCCUGCCGAUAUCAUCCGCUACACCAAAGAAUGGGAGUUUUACUGCAUGUUUGCACUGGCUGCUCUGGAGCUGACUGUGUACUUCGUCGGCGUGCUUGUGAUUCUCUGGACAGUGCAGUGUUUCUCUGGCACGUCUUUACAGUUUGCUCCUCUUCUGAAGGCUCUUCUGCUGUCCAGCUAUGGCAAAGUGCUGCUGAUUCCCGCAGUGAUCUGGGAGCAUGAUUUCUCCCCGCUCUGCUUCAGCCUCAUACGACUCUUCGUUCUCACCUCCAAUUCACAAGCCAUACGAGUGAUUCUGAACUGCAGUCGGCGUCUGUCUCUGCUGGCCGUGUGCGGUGGUCUGCUGUUGGAGAUGUGGGUCACACAGGCUGUAAAAACACUUCAGGUCUGUUCACAAGAUUAUCUGUCAAUGCUCUAGAUCAGAAGAACAUCACCGAUUUGCUCCAAGAGUCUGAAAACUCAGGUUUGUCUCAAGCUUUUGACCUAACUCCAUGAUUCUUUGCUCACCAAUGGUUCAAAUGCCUUCGGCAAGAAAGAGGAAGAGAAUGUUUGAUUUACUGAACUGUUUACCUUGUUAAAUCUCCGAAGUGAAAUGUAAAGACAUGCUUGUCAUUACUUCAGAGAUGUUGUUUGAUCGAGACAGGAAUUCGCUGGCAAGGCCAAGUGAAACUAAAUGAGGUCGCAAAGAGCAAAUUGUUUAUCUUUACUAUGGUUACUGCGUGGUUAUGAGAUUUUUUACUUGCAUUUAAAGGGAUAGUUCACUCCAAAUUCUGUUGAACGCAUAAGAAGAUAGUUUGAAGAAUGCUGGUACUUCCAUAGUUGGAAAAAAUACUAUAAAAGGUCCAACAUUCUUCAAAGUAUCUUUUGUGUUCACUUAAUAAAAAAUAAAAAGAUUUUUGCUGCUUGUUCAAGCUACUUAUUUAAAAUGAGCUUAAACAACCCAGUUUCUUUUGGGAAACUUACUUGUUUAGGUUCAAUAAACUUAAAUUUGUUCGGUUAACUUAAUCAAUUUGUGUUGGGACAAAUAAAUAUAACAAAUAAACUCUAGGAUGGAAUUUUCAUUUUUUGGGGGUGAACUAUCCCUUUAAAUCUGUUAUUUAACAACCUGACAACACAAUUACUGAGAGUUUUUUUUUUGGGACAACUUAAUUGUUUUAUGUUCAAUCUACUUAAAUUUGCAAAAACGAAUAAGUUUACUCAAUUCCUACAAAUGGAUUGUGUUGAAGCCAUCAUUUUGUACAGUGUAGGCUGAAAAAACUACAGGCCUGUAUGUUUGUAAAGACUUUUGAAGGCACUGCGUCGCAUUCCUGAGGUCGUUCGUCAAAUUCCUCAAUUAGCUCUGCUGGGAGAAGAUGUUAAGUCAAAUAUACUGCAGAUGCCUGUGGACCGGUCGUGACACGAAACCUUCACACACUGUAAUGAUCUAGCAAAAUAAUGGGCGGUUUAUGUAUGGACUGUUUUGCUGAUGUCACCAAACCCCUAUUACAUAAACGUGAAGUGUGAGCUUUCAGUAAGAACAACAGUUGUGUAACUCAUACUGAAACAAACUCUGGGAAUAAAUCUCACACUUCUUUGUGAAACAGCUGCUUAAUGUUUUGUAACUGUUCCGAGGAGGAGGAUUGUGGUUAUUAAAGAGAGUGUUUAACAAA